GCCAUGACCGACCUGUUCACCUCGAUAGUCCAGACGCACAAUCCAACUUGGGCUGAUUGCCAGCAAUUAUUAAUGACAUUAUUUAACAAUGAGGAGAGGACUAGGAUAAACCAAGCGGCCAUUAAAGCGCUGGAAGAAGAAGCCCGUACAUUAAAUCAAGCUAAUCCAGCAGCAUGGGCCACAGCCCAUUAUCCGAACACUGAUCCCGAGUGGAAUGUUAAUGGCACAGAUAUGGUUCAUUUAAAAGCCUACAGAGACGCUAUAAUUGCUGGCAUGAAAGCCGGAGGAAAGAAAGCUAUAAAUAUGUCUAAGACGGCUGAGGUGUUACAGAAAAGUGAUGAACCGCCCAGUGUCUUUUAUGACCGAUUAUUGGAGGCAUACCGCUUGUAUACCCCCUUUAAUCCAGAAGCCCCUGAGAAUUCCCGAAUGGUAAACUCUGCCUUUGUCAGCCAAGCUUACGGAGAUAUUAAGCGCAAGCUACAAAAGUUAUAUAUGCCUGAAUGUCCAGUCCAAUUGUUGGGACGUGAUUUGCUAUCAAAACUACGAGCGCAGAUAACGUUCCUACCAAAUGGAACAACAUCCUUAAAGUUUAAUGGACCUUCAGGUAUUAUGACAUUAUCAGUACCAAAGGAAGAAGAGUGGCGACUUUAUACAGCGUUGACUAGCCAAAACCCUAAGAGUGAUGAAUCCUUAUUCAAUAUACCAGGAGUUUGGGCAGAGAACAACCCACCAGGACUGGCCCGCAAUAUUCCACCCAUUCAAAUUGAACUAAAACUUGGGGUUUAUCCAGUGAGCCUACGGCAAUAUCAUAUCCCGCAAAAGGCUAAGAAGAAUAUUCAAUCAUAUCUGGAUAAGUUCAUAAGGUAUGGUAUCCUAAAAUUCUGUACUUCCCCCUGGAACACCCCAUUGCUGCCUGUUCAAAAGCCCGGUACAGAUGAGUAUCGCCCUGUGCAGGACUUGAGAGCAGUCAAUGAUGCGGUUGUUAGUAUACACCCAGUUGUGCCCAAUCCGUAUAACCUGCUUGCUUUAAUUCCGGGCGGGGCUACCUAUUUUACAGUCUUAGACCUCAAAGAUGCAUUCUUUUGCCUCCGAAUUGCUGCAGAAAGCCAAUGUAUCUUCGCAUUCCAAUGGGAAAAUGCUGUAACGGGCUCGAAACGCCAGAUGACUUGGACAAGACUGCCUCAAGGGUUUAAAAAUUCACCUACCCUAUUUGGUUCAGCUUUAAGUCAAGACUUACUGGAUUUCAAGUCCAUCCCAGGAGAGUGUGUACUAUUACAAUAUGUAGAUGAUUUGUUGAUAGCCGCAGUUCCAAGAGAAAUAUGUCAGCAAGCAACACACGAUCUACUACACAUUCUCUGGAAGGCAGGAUACAAGGUGUCUAGGAAGAAGGCUCAGUUGUGUCUGCCAACUGUCAAAUAUCUGGGAUUCCAUAUCUCUGAAGGUCAAAGAAUAAUGGAGCCAGAGAGAAAAGAAGCUGUGUGCCAAAUACCAAUACCCAAGAAUAGAAGACAAGUGCGAGAGUUCUUGGGGGCAGCAGGCUUCUGUAGGAUAUGGAUUCCCAGUUAUGCGAUAUUGGCGAAACCUCUGUAUGCAGCUAUCAAGGGUACAGAACACGACCCCUUCCUAUGGACCCCAGAACAACAAAAGGCAUUUGAAGAUGUGAAGAAGGCUUUGAUGAGUGCCCCAGCAUUAGGUCUACCUGAUCACACACGACCAUUCUACUUAUAUGUACACGAGCAAAGAAGAAUGGCUGUGGAAGUAUUGACACAGUACUUGGGAUCAUGGCAAAGACCUGUUGCCUAUAUGUCUAAGCAAUUGGAUGCAGUGGCCAGUGGUCUUCCACCUUGUCUAAGAGCCGUAGCUGCAGCCGCCCUGCUGGUAGCUGAAGCCGAUAAACUCACUCUGGGUCAAGAACUUUAUGUGCGAGUCCCGCACGCAGUACAGACGUUGCUAGAUUACAAAGGCAAUCAUUGGUUCAGUAACAGCCGCAUGACUAAGUAUCAAGCAAUGUUGUGUGAAAACCCAAGAGUGCAUUUAGAGACUGUCAAUACCUUAAAUCCAGCUACCCUUUUGCCGCAACCUACUGAAAGUCAACACGAUUGUUUGGAGCUGAUGGAUGAAGUAUUUUCAAGUAGACCAGAUCUUCGUGAUUUUCCCAUCCAGAACCCUGAUGUCCAAUAUUAUACAGACGGCAGUAGUUAUGUGAAAGAAGGGAUUCGCUAUGCAGGAUAUGCAGUAACAACGAUAGACAAGGUGAUAGAAGCUCGGCCACUGUCAAAAGGAACAUCAGCACAAAAGGCAGAAUUGAUAGCACUAACACGAGCGUUACAAUUGGCUGAAGGUUUGAGAGUAAACAUCUACACGGACUCCAAGUAUGCGUUUUUAACCACUCAUGCCCACAGAGCUUUGUAUAAAGAAAGAGGACUAUUGAAUUCAGAGGGUAAAGAAAUCAAGUACGCAGCUGAAAUACUACAACUAUUGGAAAGUGUGGGAGAGUGUCAGCUGCGUUAUCCUGAAUACCCGGAACGUGAACCUAAGAUAUGCAGAAUUGAAGAUUUGCCGCUAGCCAGCAUAAACAAAUACUCCCUUCUGCUGUUUAUGUUGACAGCAGCCACAUCGGUUAUAGCGACUAAUUGGAAAAAACGCAUCACAUGUAGGACUCAGGGCGUGGAGAGUAAUGGAAGAACUAAGAUGGUCCUCCUUGGGGAGAUCGAAUAG